CACACACAUGGACAUACAAUGAACUCUAUUCAUUGCCGUUAUCUUUGAGUUUAUAUUCGGGAAAGAGUUCCUUUGAUCAUAAUAAUUACUCGAAAUAAAACAUUUUUCAGCUCGUCACAAAACGAACCCUUUUAAAAACCAAACAAAGUGAACUUGAGACAAAAGAAAAGAGAGAAAAAUACUAAAUCAAUAAAAUAGCGAAUAGAAGAAAAAACAACAACAAAAGAAAGAAAAGACUAAAAAAAGCAAAAAUGAAUGGAUUAUAAAACCAAAACAUAUUAGAAAAAAACUGAAAAAAAAGAAAAGUAAAAAAAAAAAAAAAAAAAAAAAAACUAGACCCUUUUUUUCUCUGAAGUGAAGUGCGCAAACAAGGUCAAACUUCGUGACCUCGCAGCGUGAUCUUGGCUGCAGCGACCAUGAGUGGCUGCAACACCCGACACAGCCAGCUGGUUCUGUGGUUGCUUCUCUGCUGUGGUCUGGACGUGACAGUGACCGACAGCCGCGAGGGUCAAAUACCGGUGUUUGGGAAGGCGGAGAAGACAGUGACAGUGCAGGAAGGGGACACGGCGAGGCUGCCCUGCGUGGUGGAGCAUCUCAAUGAUAAGGCGGUAACGUGGCUGAGACGGCGUGACCUACACAUUCUGACGGUCGGGCAUCACACAUACUCGGCCGAUGAGAGGUUCCAGGUCGUCCACGCGGAAGCCAGUAACGAAUGGACCCUAGUUGUGCGUUACGUACAACGAAGAGAUGCCGGUGUUUACGAGUGUCAGAUCAACACAGAUCACAAACUCUCUCGCGCUGUCACACUUAAGGUCUAUGAUACGAGCCAGCAGAUGAGCGUUUCGAAGACAAAGGUUUUCUUGGCGAACAACACAGCUUCGACCAAAGACGGAAACCUCCGCGUCGAGAUCCAAGGGCCUCGAGAGCUGUACAUCGAGGAAGGUUCCUCCCUCAGCCUCACCUGCGUCGUCACCUCCUCUCGCGGGCCGUCCAAGCUGAUCUACUGGUACCACAACACCAACCUCAUUGACUACAACUCGCCCAGGGGAGGCGUCAGUCUCAAGAUGGACCGUGGGCGUGGCGAGACGACGACCAAGCUAGUCGUAUCUGCCGUCGGUCCCGGAGACUCAGGGAUGUACUCGUGUGUUCCUCAGGGGUCCCAUCCUGCCACGGUGGUCGUACAUGUUCAGAAAGGAGAGCACGAGGCGGCUAUUCAACAGGGAGGACUGAGCGGGGUUUCCCAGCCCCCCUCCCCUCCCUCCCACCCCGUCAUUUUACUCUCCCUCUCCAUCUCCUUCUUCUUCUUUCCUCCGUCCUCCCCUUCAACGCCAAGGCACAUUUCCCUCUUGCUAAAUCCUUAUUUCUUCCUCCUUCUCCUCCUCUCCUCUUUCGUCCUCUCUCCCAUGUCCUCUUCCUCUUGGCUGCCGCUGUCGGGUCGCUCAGCCACAUGAUAGGAAGGCCCUUGCGUUCCUCUCGGUUUUGUGUGAGGAGAGUCGUCUCGCCGGAUUCUGUUUGUUGACUGUUUUGCUUUUGUAUGACCAAGCACAGGAAUAGACAGACACACUUGCUGUAUCUGAUGUCGGUGUAGGUAAGACCAUACACACUCACGCACAAGCAUAUGUGAACAAAGUUCGAAUUCGAAGCGUUAACUUCGUUUUCAUGUCGGACUGUGGUUAGGUUUCAUUUUAAUACACACACGCACGUAUAUGCGUAUAUAUGUCUUUAUGUACACACACAUACGCACACACACAAUAUAUAUAUAUAUAUAUAUAUAUAUAUAUAUAUAUAUAUAUAUAUAUAAACUCACACACACACACAUACAAGUUCACACACACACGCGUGCAUCCAUCCAUCUCUCCAAUUACAUGUUAAGAUAAAAAAAACUUAAAUCAAAAUGAUGUAAA